AUGAAGACGUCGAUGUUCUACUACUAUCGAUCUGACUUCAACGAGACUCACGCAGCGGAAUGGCGUCGAACUCAAGAGGAAUGUCGAUGUCAAAUGACGAUGACGACAACGAAGGCGAGAAGCCUCAACUGCUAUCCUCGUUCCAUCAUUGCCGACGCCACCAACGCCACUGCUGAUUCAUUGCGAUGUGGCGAAUGCUUUUCGUGCAUUUCGAUGCCAAUGGCAUCUGGAGAACGAAAAGCACAGAUGGUGUUCGCAUUCAGCUCGGAUCACACAGCUGUGAAUAAGUUGUUGGUACUGAUCGGAUCUGUACACAAGCACUAUCCGUCUACAAAAGUUCUACUCUACGACACCGAAGUUGGCAGUGUAGGUUGUUUCCCUACAUGUAGUUACACGAGUAGUUCCAUAAAAAAGGGUAGUAAACGAAGAGAAGUAGAAGAAUGGUUUAACGAGUAA